GAAGAACCGGAGGUCUCCGUGUGCGGUUUGUGCUUCUCUGAUCUCUGUUCACAGAGUAACAGCAGCGUAGCUGUCGGCCAGCGGGUUUUGUAACUGUUUUGUGUCUUAUUCUGCUGACAGCGUCUCUGUGCGUCUUCCUCCUGCUCCUUCCUAUCCAGCUGGAAGGAAAAACACAGGGAGAGCAAUAUUCCAGUGGCGCCUUUUGCAGCCUCCAAGUUCAGCAGUCUUUCUACAUCUUGUUUCCACAUCUGCCUAUGAACGCCCAAAGAAGUGAGAGGCAAUACUGAUCAAGCAGAAGUCCUGCAUGAUGUUCGGAUGUCAGCGAACUCCACAAACUCUGCAAUGAUGGAGACUGCUCAGCGAUGCGAGUGGACCGGCAUGGGAGGGACAAGGGGAGGAGGAAGCUUCAGCUCCCCGUCCAGAAACUGGAGGGAACAGCCCUGAGAAAGGAGGAACUGCUGCGCGCUCUCUGUGACAUUGUGCAGAAGGUUGUGUUCCACUUCAGUCUGAGACACAGGGUGACUCACUGUACUUGUGUUUCAAAAAAAAAAUAAUCAGUAAUUCACCCUAGCUCUGUCAGUUCUUAGGGAAGAGCUCGUUUUAUGCGGGACUUUGCUAGUCUCUUACCUGCCUUGUGUUUCUACAGUGACCAGGAGUGAAGGGAAAAUAUCAGAGCAUGUCGGAGUUCUGGCUAAUUUCUGCCCCAGGAGAUAAAACAAAUCUGCAGGCAUGGGAAAGAAUGAAUACAGUGACACUGAAAUCCAACUUGUCCAGCAACAGCAAAUUCCAUAUUCCAGACUUAAAGGUGGGGACACUGGAUGCUCUUGUUGGUCUGUCAGAUGAGUUGGGAAAACUUGAUAGCUUUGCUGAAAGCGUAAUAAAGAAAAUAGCCCAGUAUAUAGGAGAAGUUAUGGAGGACUCCAAAGACAAAGUUCAGGAAAAUCUUCUGGCCAAUGGAGUUGACCUAAUUAGCUACCUGACCCGGUUUGAGUGGGACAUGGCCAAAUAUCCCAUAAAGCAGCCGCUGAAGAAUAUAUCGGAAGCAUUAUCCAAGCAAAUGACUCAAAUAGAAACAGACCUAAAGACCCGAUCAGCUGCAUACAACAACAUUAAAGGAAAUUUGCAGAACCUGGAGAAAAAAACUGUGGGAAACCUGCUGACUCGGACCCUAGCAGACAUUGUGCAUAAAGAAGACUUUGUUCUGAAUUCUGAGUACCUUAUCACGCUGCUGGUCGUAGUGCCAAAGUCAAGCUACGUACAGUGGCAGAAGACGUAUGAAUCCCUCUCUGAUAUGGUAGUGCCUCGCUCCACCAAAAUGAUUGCUGAGGAUGCUGAAGGAGGACUCUUCACAGUGACCCUAUUUAGAAAAGUGAUGGAUGACUUCAAGGCUAAAGCCAGAGAGAACAGGUUCAUGGUUCGAGAAUUUUAUUUUGAUGAGAAGGAACUGAAAUGUGAAAAGGAAGAGCUGAUGAAAUUAGCUUCUGAUAAGAAACAGCAAUACGGCCCUUUACUGCGCUGGCUGAAAGUGAACUUCAGUGAAGCAUUUGUGGCUUGGAUUCACGUGAAAGCCUUAAGAGUCUUUGUUGAAUCUGUCCUGAGGUACGGCCUCCCGGUGAAUUUCCAAGCAAUGUUGCUGCAGCCAAAUAGGAAGUCUGUAAAGCGCCUGAGAGAUGUCCUAAAUGUGGUCUUCAAACACCUGGACGAAGUUGCAGCAGCAAGUAUAAUGGAUCCUGGCAUGGACAUCCCUGGUUUACAACUGAGCAAUCAAGAAUACUAUCCUUAUGUCUAUUUCAAGAUUGACCUCAGUCUUCUUGACUGCAGUUAAAAAAAAAAAAUCACUCAAACUCAACCUAUUCAAGACCCUAAUGUUAUAAUGAAAGAAUCGUUAGCUGUUGAAAGUCAAAUUAAAAUGCAGAAGCUGUAGCAGGAUAACCAUGUAAGAUUUUCCUAACACUUCCAAUAACGUUUAAACGACUUCAGUAUAAACAUAUUUUGUUCAUAGUGUUACAGAAAUACAUUUCAGAGGCAGGAGGUACUAUGGUAGUAUUUAUUAUUUUGUUGGUAAGUUACAAAGAUGGAGUCUCUAAUGGACUGGAAAUAAAGCAGUUUUAAAUGUG